CACGCCGGAAGUUCCGGUGGCGGAUCGCCGAUCGGGCGGAGCUGAUCGCUGCGCGGGCUGCGAGAUCUAGGUGGCCGGGCGCGGAGCCCAAGCCGUGCCGCGCGGCGCCAUGAAGGGCAAGGAGGAAAAGGAGGGCGGCGCGCGGCUGGGCACUGGCGGCGGCAGCCCUGAUAAGAGCCCGAGUGCGCAGGAGCUCAAGGAACAGGGGAAUCGCCUCUUCGUGGGCCGCAAGUACCCGGAGGCAGCGGCCUGCUACGGCCGCGCCAUCACCCGGAACCCACUUGUGGCAGUGUACUACACCAACCGGGCCCUGUGCUAUCUGAAGAUGCAGCAGCCUGAACAGGCCCUUGCUGACUGCCGGAGAGCCCUGGAGCUGGAUGGGCAGUCUGUGAAGGCGCACUUCUUCCUGGGCCAGUGCCAGCUAGAGAUGGAGAGUUAUGAUGAGGCCAUUGCCAAUCUGCAGCGAGCCUAUAGUUUGGCCAAGGAGCAGCGACUCAACUUUGGGGAUGAUAUUCCUAGUGCCCUUCGCAUUGCUAAGAAGAAACGCUGGAACAGUAUGGAGGAACGGCGCAUCCACCAGGAGAGCGAGCUGCACUCUUAUCUCACCAGGCUCAUUGCUGCUGAGCGAGAGAGGGAACUGGAAGAGUGCCAGCGGAACCAUGGGGGUGAUGAAGAUGAUGGCCACAUCCGGGCCCAGCAGGCCUGCAUUGAGGCCAAGCACGAUAAAUACAUGGCAGACAUGGAUGAGCUCUUCUCUCAGGUGGAUGAGAAAAGAAAGAAGCGGGAUAUCCCUGACUACUUGUGUGGCAAGAUCAGCUUUGAGCUGAUGCGGGAGCCCUGCAUCACACCCAGUGGUAUCACUUAUGACCGCAAGGACAUUGAGGAACACCUGCAGCGUGUGGGGCACUUUGACCCUGUGACCCGGAGCCCUCUGACCCAGGAACAGCUCAUCCCCAACUUGGCCAUGAAAGAAGUCAUUGAUGCGUUCAUCUCUGAAAAUGGCUGGGUAGAGGACUACUGAUGCCCCAUGUCCUGCCUGGCACC